UAUGUUGCAAAGAGGGGUUUCAUUCGAUGUCGUUUAACAAACCCUAAGUCCUUUCCCUCCUCCUCCAUCGGUCUCCUUCUCCUUUCUCAAAUCGUCCCUCUCUUUCUCUCUCCUCUCGCUCUCUACACAGUCCUAGAGAGAGAAACCGAUACGGGAGUGGAGGAGUACAUUUUGGUGUGGUCGGAAGAGAAGACAUGGACUCAGACGAGGGGAAGCUAUUCAUAGGUGGAAUAGCAUGGGACACGACGGAGGAGAAGCUCAGCGACUACUUCGGCCAGUACGGCGAGGUCACUCAAACUGUAAUAAUGCGUGACAAGACCACCGGUCGGCCUCGGGGUUUCGCUUUUGUCGUCUUCUCCGACCCUUCUGUUCUUGAUACUGUUCUCAGCGAAAAGCACACAAUUGAUGGUCGAGCGGUGGAUGCAAAAAGGGCUUUGUCAAGAGAAGAGCAGACCUCCUCAAAAAGUGGAAACUUUUCUUCUAGUAGAAGCUCUGGAGGGGGAGGAAACUUUAAGACCAAAAAAAUAUUUGUUGGAGGGCUGCCUUCCACGCUUACUGAAGAUGGAUUUCGUCAAUUUUUUGAAACUUUUGGCCAUGUAACUGAUGUAGUAAUAAUGUAUGAUCAGAAUACUCAACGACCCCGCGGUUUUGGUUUUAUAACUUUUGAUACUGAAGAUGCUGUUGAUAGAGUAUUAUUUAAGAACUUCCACGAGAUAAAUGGCAAGCUAGUAGAGGUGAAACGAGCCCUUCCUAAAGAUGCAAACCCUGGUGGAGGUGGCCGUGGUGGAGGCUACCAAGGUUAUUCUGGUGGUGGCACAAAUACAUUCGACAGUAGAAUGGAUGGCAAUAGAUAUAUGCAGCCUCAAACAACUGCAGGUGGAUUCCCUCCAUAUUCAGGCUAUGGUGCACCUGGUUAUGGUUACGGAGCGGCUAACAGUGCACUUGGUUAUGGGGGAUAUGGAGCAUAUGGCGUUGGUGGUUAUGGAGGUUCUGCUGCUGGAUUUGGUGGUCCUGCAGGGUCCUACGGAAACCCAAAUGCCCCUAAUGCUGGUUAUGUUGGCGGGGCGCCUGGUGCAAUGAAAAAUAACUGGGGCAGUCAAACACCCACCGGCUAUGGUGCCUCUGGCUACGGUACAGCUCCUUGGGGCGCUCCAGGAGGCGGCGGCGGUGCAGCUGCUUCUGCUCCUAGAGGUCAAUCCCCCAGCGGGGCAUCUGGGUAUGGAAAUCAAGGUUAUGGGUAUCCUAACUACAGUGGAAGCUAUGGUCCUUACCCUGCCGCAUACCCUUCUAGUGGACGUGCCCCAAAUAGCAAUGCUGCUGGUGGUGGUGGCGGUGGUGGUACUGGUGUAGAUCAACAAGGAAGUGGGGGUGGUUAUAUGGGAAGUGGCUACAGUGACAACAAUGGUAGUUCAGGGUAUUCUAAUGCAGGAUGGAGAUCUGACCCCUCACAAGCUGCUGGUGGCUAUGGUGGCGCCCAGCCCCGGCAGGGUUAGUAGCAGCAAACCCCAAAGGUUUUGGUUUCUACUGGAGUAAUACUAGUGCAGACGAUCUUUACCCCCUUUGUGAGCCAUGGCAACAAACUGUUUGAUUGCUUGAUUCUGAGUGGUAGGAUUUCACUUGUAGGUUCGCUAGUUUAUUUUAUAAUUAGUGUUAGAAAUAUUUGGAAAAAAUUGUUUCGAAGUAGUAGUACCAUUUAUCUUCAGAUU